AUGGGAGAGAAUUGUCCAGGGGUGUCGAGUAAGGAUGCCGGGAAAGCUGAAGAAUGCAAAGGGUGUCCCAAUGUGUCAUAUUGCUCACAACCUAUGCAACAAGAUCCAGAUAUCAAAGCCAUUCAAGAGAAUCUCGGAGGCAUAAGGAUCAUAGUUGCUAUUAUGAGUGGGAAGGGAGGUGUUGGCAAAAGUACAAUUACUAGGAAUAUAGCAGAAUGCAUUUCUGCUAGAGGAGUCUCGACAUGCAUUUUAGAUCUAGAUCUAUCUGGGCCAAGCAUUCCAAGACUUACGGCGACAGAUGGGAUGUCUAUGUGUGAAACAAAUGGCAUGAUGCAGCCAGUAGAGGUGAAUAGGUUUCUGAAGGUCGUUUCCGCUGGGUAUGUCCAGAAUUCGUAUGGAGAAGGAAGGAUGUUCAGCUCUAGGCUCAAGACAAAUGCUUUGAAGAAACUACUGGGACAUUGUAAUUAUAAAGGAGUGGAUACACUUCUCCUGGAUACUCCUCCAAAUGUGACUGAUGAACAUCUUGGAAUGGUGAACUUCAUAAAACCAAGACUUGGGAUCAUUGUCACAACACCCCAGAAGUUUGCUAUGCAGGACGUAAUAAGGCAGAUUGAUUUUUGUAGGAAGGCAAAGAUAGAUGUCCUUGGGAUUGUAGAGAACAUGAAGAAAUUCAUCUGUCCAAGCUGCAACCACCCAAAAAGUGUGUUCAGGAGUACCGGAGUUGAGUCAUAUUGCAAAUCCAAUGGUGUCCCAUAUCUAGGUUCAAUCAAUCUACGGCAGGAUAUAGCCAAAACAUCUGACAUGGGAAAUGCUGUUCGAGACGAUGCUUUCAAUAGAAUAUGUGAUCUCAUCAUUUCGUUACGUGAAACUUCGGAAGUAAAAACCACAGAUUCCUUCCGCCAGUGA